GGGGGGCGGGGCGUGGGCUUUCCACGUUGGAGCUAGGGUUAAGAGGGCUCCUCUGACUCGCACACACGUGACUGCUACCCCAAGCUCCCGAAGAUGGUGGCUGGGCAGCCCUACGCCGGGGCUCUGCUUGAAGAAGCCAGAAGCUGAUCAGCUCUUCUGUCCCGGUGGUAUCCUUAGACUCACCUGUCUACUCUCAUAAUGGCGUGUGCCUGGUAUUGGCUUGAUGAUUUUGGGCAGUGGAUUGAGUAUGGCAAACAGCAUCCGGAUCAUUGCUCAGCCACAGUAACAUCUGCAGAUCUGGAGAAGGCAUUUUUAGCUAAUCAGAAAGGCACUCUGUUGUUCAGGGCUGGUUCUCAGCAAUAUGAGAUAAACUUUGAAGACAUGGUCCAAAGAAAUUUGCUCUAUGAAACUCGAAGAAAAGUUGUCCGAUUACCAAGCUUUCUGUCUUCUGGAAGUAGACAAGAGAGAAGCCAAUUAUACACAACUCUGACGUGUUCUCCCUAUCCUCCAGAAUGGGACCAAUCUGCACUGCCUGAUAUAGGGUACAAGUUGGUAGAGCUCAGUUACACUUCCAGUGAAUAUAGAAAAAUUGAGAGGCUGUUUGAGAGGACAAUGAAAGAUUACAGCAUCCACAGACUGCAGAGGAUCCAGAACCCAGCACUUUGGCAAGUUUUUCAGUGGCAGAAGGAGCAGAUGAAGAAGGUCAAGAAAUCAAGAUGGGUGGACGAGCGGCUCCUGUUCCAUGGCACGAGCCCAUCCCACCUGGCUGCCAUCUGUGAGCAGAAUUUCGACUGGCGGGUCUGCGGGGCUCAUGGGACACUAUAUGGAAAAGGAAGCUACUUUGCCAGAGAUGCCAGUUAUUCUCAUCAAUACUGCCCAUCCAGCACUGGUCACCAGCGCAUGUUUGUAGCUCACGUUCUUGUUGGAGACUUUGUCCAGGGAAACUCGGAAUACCUUCGCCCUCCAUCCAGACCUGGGAAUGCAAAUAGGCUCUAUGACAGCUGUGUGGAUGAUCCAGAGGAUCCUUCCAUCUUUGUCAUCUUUGAGAAGCAUCAGAUUUACCCUGCCUAUGUUUUGGAGUAUAGCAGAGCGUCCAGGUGUAUGAUCCUGUAAAGAAUGGCAGAAUCUUCUUUGAACUGACUCUGAGAUACUUUUAUAAAACUCUUUUUUAAUGUAUACACAAUUUUAGUACUUGCUAUAUAUAGCAAAAUUUUCUUUGAGAUGCUAUAGAACAUUUUGUAAUGGAAUGAACAAAGAUCAAUCCCCUGAAGGAUUUUUGGACAUAGUUUGUUUGGCUGGGGCUAUUCUGCCCACUGGAAGUGCUACAUUUUAACUUCUACCUUAUUGUCUAGCCUGGGAUGGGGCUGAUGUGCUGAAGGGAGACUGGGCGGGAAAUGCAGAAGGAAGAAAGGUAAAAGUAUCUACACCAUGGUGUACAAACAGAGGGUCAUAACGUGCUGUUCCAGUAAAUGGCAUUAACUUCCCACAUCCUGGAAACCUAAUAAUUAACAGUGGGGGUGAAGUUUGCUAUGUUUGCUGAUCACAUUGCUGUCAGCACUGCUUACCCUGUUCUGCACUGAGUCUGCCCAUCCCGCUGAUGAUGCCGUACCCAAGUGUCAGUGUCCUCGCCCUGUCACCACAGGGUGACUCUCUGUCCCACAGCAGAGCUUCCUCAGGUUUAGGUCAAGCAAACCAGAGAUAUUCCAGCUGCUGAAGUUAGACCCUCACAAGGCCAUAUGAUGAGUAGGGAGAAAGUCUGCAAUGAACUGAGUAACAACCCACAGUGGGGCUCUGCUUGGACUGCAGAGCCAGCACUUGGACGAGUGACUCAGGAGAAAACAUAGCCUUGUGAGGGAUGACCGGCAGCACAGCCACCCAACAGGCUGAAGUUGUUGGUGGGUUAUUUUAAAUGGCUAUUCAGUCACCUGGCACUUCUCCAGGUGAUUCAGAAGCAUCUCAGCUGUGUGUGCUCUGGCUGGGAUGGAUGAGGAGGGCUUGGAUGACAGACAAUACUUCAAACCUGGGGGAUGACUGAUAGAGUGGAAACCAAAAUUAAUGGUUUAUUUUAAAACAGCCUUGUUGUAAACUGUUGCAGUUCCGCAAAUAACACACAAGUGGCUCAGUUGUCCAUGCCAUGAGUGGAAGGAAUCAAGAGCACGGAUGUGUGUAGGAUCUCAUCAGCUUUCCUAAAUCCUGCUAUCUUCAGACACAGUCAGUGCCCUUGAAAAUGUCAGAAAUGCAGCUGUCUGCAAUGAGUUCUGUAGCUGCCAUAUUUAGUGCAUGUCCAUGUCCCAUCUCUUCUGUGGGGAGCUGGAUGAAUUACAGCGGGAACCUGAAGGUGGUUCUUGUGCAAAUUAGUGAUCUAGUCUUGUCAGUCACAUAUAAGCAGAGAGCUUUCAGUGUCAUCAAGAAGUAAAGGUGAAAGUCAUGUAAAUGUACUUCUUUCUGAAUACAGUAUUUCUUUAUGGAAAGAAAGCAAAUAGUGGCAACUU